AUGUUCUCACGACCAAGACACCAACGCGCUCGCGCUUUCGCUCUCGGCCUCAUUGGCACUGGCUCCCUUGUUGCCGCUGGGCCAUGCGACAUCUACUCGUCUGGCGGAACACUUGUGGUGAAACGCGGCUCUGACAACACCACGACAAACAUUUCGCCGGUAUCCGCAGGUGGAGUCGCUAAUGCUGCUGCUCAAGACACUUUCUGUGCUAGCACGACCUGUCUAAUCACAGUCAUUUACGAUCAAUCCGGCCGCGGCAACCAUCUCACUCAAGCUCCUCCCGGUGGUUUUAGUGGCCCGGAAUCUAAUGGUUACGACAACUUUGCCAGCGCAACAGGUGCACCAGUUACGCUGAACGGUCAAAAGGCAUAUGGUGUCUUCAUUUCACCCGGUACUGGCUACCGCAACAAUGCUCCUAGUGGAAUAGCCACAGGUGACGCAGCUGAAGGCAUGUACGCGGUUCUCGAUGGAACUCAUUACAAUGGCGCCUGCUGUUUUGAUUACGGUAAUGCCGAAACUAGUACUCGUGAUACUGGUAAUGGUCACAUGGAGGCCAUCUACUUUGGUGACAGUACUAGUUGGGGAAGCGGAGCCGGCAGUGGUCCUUGGCUGAUGGCUGAUCUUGAGAAUGGACUAUUCUCUGGUGUGAGUCCUAGUACCAACACAGGGGAUCCAUCUAUCUCCUACCGAUUCUUAACUGCAAUCGUCAAGGGAAAAGCAAACCAAUGGGCACUUCGCGGCGCUAACUCUGCAUCUGGCUCUCUGUCGACAUAUUACAGUGGAGUGCGCCCAGAUGCUAGUGGCUAUAAUCCAAUGAGCAAAGAAGGUGCUAUCAUUCUCGGAAUUGGUGGAGACAAUAGUGUUGGUGGUCAAGGAACAUUCUACGAGGGCGUGAUGACCUCCGGAUAUCCCACUGAUGCUACCGAGAACUCGGUGCAAGCUAACAUCGCCGCUGCCAAAUACGCUACCACAUCAUUGACCAGCGGACCUGGUCUCACCGUCGGUUCCUCGAUCUCUCUUCGGGCUACCACACCUGGGUACACAACACGCUACAUCGCGCACACUGGCUCUACUGUCAAUACCCAGGUCGUCACAACAUCCAGCGCCACCGCCCUCAAACAGCAAUCUAGCUGGUAUGUUCGCACUGGUCUUGGAAACAGCGCCUGUUUCUCAUUCGAGUCAAACGAUACCCCCGGUAGCUACAUUAGACACUACAACUUCGGACUUCUCCUCAACGCCAAUGACGGCUCCAAGCAAUUUUCUGAAGAUGCUACGUUCUGCCCACAGGCUGGUCUCAAUGGCCAAGGUAACUCGAUCCGGGCUUGGAGCUAUCCUACCCGCUAUUUCCGUCACUACGAUAAUGUGCUUUACGCCGCGAGUAACGGUGGAGUCCAUUCGUUUGACGCUGCCACUUCAUUCAAUAAUGACGUAAGCUUUGUCAUCAGUAAUGGUUUCGCUUCUUGA